CAGACACACCGGAUGUUAUCCGCCAUUAAACAAGAAGAAGAAGAAGAAGAAGCGCAAAGGCAUUAGUGGAUAUCGUUUAUACAGUAACGUUGUUUACGAAGUAUGCGGUAAGACAAAUGUGAACAGGUAACGCACCCUGUGUUGUCCUUUUCCUGAGCACGAUGGCUACUCAGAGAGUGCUCCCUCAAAGCAAAGAGACGCUGCUGCAGAACUACAACAAGAGACUGAAAGAUGACAUCAGGUCCAUCCUGGACAAUUUCACAGAAAUUAUCAAAACAGCAAAGAUAGAGGAUGAGACACAGGGCCGAGCAACUCAAGCAGAGCAGGACCAUUAUGAGAUGCACGUAAGAGCAGCCAACAUUGUACGAGCUGGUGAGUCCCUGAUGAAGCUGGUGUCCGAUCUGAAGCAGUUCCUGAUACUGAACGACUUUCCCUCUGUGAACGACGCCAUCACCCUCCAAAACCAGCAGCUCCGCUUGCUGCAGGACGAGUGUGACAAGAAGCUCACCUCGCUCCGUGAUGAGAUCGCCAUCGACCUGUAUGAGCUAGAGGAAGAAUAUUACUCCUCCAGGUACAAGUAGGCUCAUACGUGCCCCCAUCCCACUGUCCCACUGUUGUCCCAUGACCAGCACAGUGUACCGUCGUCUCACUUUUACCAUUCUCUGCAGAGACCCAACACCUAAACAUGAAACUUUUUCGGGUUGAAUUAUCUCUUCGUCACAUCCAAACGGCACCAUUCAUCAACACAAAUCAUUGCAGAGGGUUGUUGUGAUACAGCUCAUGUCACUUUUACAUUUUUAUUUGUUUUCCUGCUCUAUGACGUGUCGUAAUUUAGAGAGGACUUCAGCAUUAAAGGGGUAUGCAAC